GUGGGCAGUUUAUAAAAGCCCCUUCGAGUGACAAUGAGGAAACUCUCUCAGCGCUACUAUGUUGCAGUCGGAUGACACGCUUGUUUUUUAGAGUAGGCUAUUGGAGGGAGGUUUAUGUUAAUGCUGUGUAUAUCACAAAGAGAGCGUGCUUCUCUUAGAGUUUAAUGAACAUGUCGAAAGCGGACGGCAGGAAAGCUGUGCUCUCCCUCGCGGGGGCGACCGUCACCUGUCUAGGGCUGCUGUUAUUUCUGUCGCAGCAUCGGCGGACUCAGAUGGACGGGAUGCAGAACGAGAGUGAGGUCGGCUUGCGCUCGCUCCAAAGUCUGGGGGAAUCAGAGGCUGAUGAUGGAGCUCAGCCUGAGCAGAAUGGAAAGAAAGGAUUCUCUGCCUAUUUUUCCAAGCUCACCCGCAGCAGGAGGGAAGCGGAUAAGCCGACCGAAGCGUCCGGAGCGACGACAGACGCGCCGCCUGCUGAGGACAUCAGCGCGGAUGACAUCUUCAUCGCAGUGAAGACCACAAAGAAGUUUCACCGGUCCAGACUGGAUCUACUGCUGGACACCUGGAUAUCCAGAAACAUGAAGCAGACAUACAUCUUCACGGAUGGCGAAGAUGAAGAACUGAAGAAGAAAAUCGGAAGCCAUGCUAUCAACACCAACUGCUCUGCUGCCCACAGCCGCCAGGCUCUGUCCUGCAAGAUGGCUGUUGAGUAUGACAAGUUCAUAGAGUCUGGAAAAAAGUGGUUCUGUCAUGUGGAUGAUGACAACUAUGUGAACGGGAAGACACUGGUGAAGUUGCUGUCCAACUACCCUCACAUUCAGGACAUGUACAUUGGGAAACCCAGCUUGGACAGGCCGAUUGAGGCCACGGAAAGACUUGGGGACAACAAGAUGAGUCCUGUCAAUUUCUGGUUCGCUACGGGAGGUGCAGGCUUCUGUAUCAGCCGUGGGCUAGCUUUGAAGAUGAGCCCCUGGGCAAGUGGUGGCCAUUUCAUGAACACUGCCGAGAAGAUCCGUCUUCCUGAUGACUGCACCAUCGGCUACAUCAUCGAGUCAGUUCUUGGGGUCCCUUUGACCCGAAGCAGCUUGUUCCACUCACACUUGGAGAACUUGCAACAGGUGUCCAAAUCAGAAGUACACAAACAGAUUACACUGAGUUAUGGAAUGUUUGAAAACAAGAGGAAUAUCAUCAACAUGAAAGGGGCUUUCUCUGUUGAGGAGGACCCAUCCAGGUUUAAGUCAGUGCACUGUCUGCUGUACCCAGACACUCCGUGGUGCCCUCCUCAGGUUGCCUAUUAAGGUGACCGGCUCCUCUGUUGUAUCCUCGUCCCUCACUGCCUCGGUAUCUGAAAGGCAUGAGGGACCAGUGUGUUAUUGGGCCAUGUGGCGCUGCGUUUACUCUGCAGUGGCGCAUGGCCUUCCGUGGUUAUACUGGGCUGCUGUGCGGCCCGCCUUUAAACAGUUCCUUCCUGCCUGGUGCCUGAGCUUCCUGUCCAACUCAGACAUUACGAAGGGCCUGGCUUUCAGAAGGACGCUUUCAGCGCCAAGCUUGGCAGGCAAUCAACUGUGCUUUAUAUGAUUACUGUUGCUUGUAUCCCAUUUGCAAUUCUCAUAGAAUGUAACUUUCUAGUAUACCCAAGCCUUUUGCCAGCUUUAUAUGCUUAGUUUUAAAUUCUAAUUAGCAAAUUAGCGCAUACUUUAUAUUUUAUUCUCUCCAAAUGCUGUUCAGGAUGUUCUUUCCCUCAGGUUUGAUUUAAUGAUUGAGUUCUUUAAAAUAUUCAGAGGAAAUCAGUAACAUGGGUGCUUUGUCUAGUUCUAAAGGACUCCGGACAAAAUUAAUGAGAUGAAGGUCCACUUUUUUGCAAAUUGAUUUCUUUGAUGUCAGUGUUAUUAUAAUUAUUAUUGCUAUCAGUUUUUUAUGACAUUUUGUGCUGGCAAUAGGCAAAUUUUCCAAAUAUGCUGUCAGGUUAUUUUAAUCUGUGGUGUAUGAGGACUGAGCACUUUUCUCCCUAAAUCCUAUGGGCAUUUUAUGGUGAUUGAACUGUUAUAUCUUAAAGCUGUGUGUAAAUGUAUCAAGUGCCCACAUUUUUAGAUCUUUAUAUUAUUUAAUGCCAAUGCAUUCACACAAUCUUGGCAGAUAUAUAUGAGAUUUUUGGCAUGAUUUAUUAUUGUAUUUUUAAAAAAAAAUUUAAUUGCUCAAAGAUGUACUGAAGUGGGAGUUGCACAGCUUGGUUUAAAAUACCUGUUGGUUGCUCAAGUAAAGCAUCUCCUAGCAAUCGCUUAAUGCUGUUUACUCUUUUGAAUUGGCACCAGGGCCACUGCCAACACAAUGUACAUUGUUAAAACAGAUGGCAGCUAAAGUUUAAGAUGUGUUUAUAGCACAGAUCUGAGUUCUCUGAUCCCUUUUGCACAGACUGGUCUGGCUUAGAGCCACAGUUUUCCCCAUUCCUUCACGGCUGACAGUUGGACAUCACUAUGCCAACUAUACAAAACAUGUUAAGUGAGAGCUUUACAUGAGCAUCAACAGUGAUCCUAACAGAGUUGCAGUUUCUCUAUGGGAAUGACCCAUAUUGGGUGAGCCUGUAUAUUUUAUUUUAAAGCAGUAUUUAUGUACUGUGCCAUUUCAAAACAAUUGUAUUUGUACAUAAUUGUUUAGAUAUUAUAUGCAUUUGGUCACCUAUGGAUCAGGCCUUGUUCUGAUGAUUCCUCUAAAAUGUUUUUUAAUGCUCUGAAUUUUGCUAAUGGCUGUAAUUUAUAUUCCAGUAUCUGGAUUCUUUGUUCAAAUGUUGUCCUCUCAGGGAUCACAAUCCUGAUAUUGUUACCAUGCGCCGCCUUGGUAAUUCACCAUUCAGCUUUUGAAUAAAGCAGCAUAUUCGCUAAGAAACUUUA